AUGCCCAAAUCAGACCAGGGACCGUAUCUCAAGCGGCUGGGGGAGAAAUAUGGCGAGAUGUUCACCUUGAAGUUCGGUCGGACAUAUUGGGUGGUUCUGAAUUCCCGUCGAGUUGCCCACGAGUUGCUAGAUAAGCGCGCAACAAUCUACUCCUCCCGGCAGAGCCUAACUAUGGCACACGAUAUAGUUUCGGGUGGGAAGCGCAUAUUGCUUAUGCCAUACGGAGACGACUGGCGCCGUCAGCGAAAGAUGAUGCACAGACUCCUCAACGUCAGCCAGAAAGCCACCUUUAGGCCUUUCCAGGAUCUAGAGUCCCGCGCCUUGAUGUUCCAGCUGCUAGAUGAACCUGAGACUUGCGUCUUCAGCAAACUGAUUGAUGAGCUCGAAGGCCGAGUUCGACGCGGAGUCCAGCAACCCUGUUUCAUGACUGAACUGAUCCACUCAAAUGAAGAGGAGAAAUUCUCGUCCGACGAGAUUGCAUUUAUUGCUGGAACUCUUAUUGAGGCGGGCACAGACACUACCCGAACUAGCCUCUUGUCUCUCAUCGCUGGGACUGCCAUGUAUCCAGACUGGACUAAGAGAGCAAGGGAAGAAUUGGACAUUGUUUGCGGUGCCAAUGCCGAGAGAUUGCCAUCAUUUGAGGAUUACGACAAACUCCCAAUGAUCAAGGCAGCUAUCAAGGAGGCUGUUCGCUGGAGACCAACUAACGCCCAGACUGGGAUUCCACAUGCUCUCACCACGGAUGAUGAGUUCGAGGGUUAUAGACUUCCCGCGGGUACAGUCGUAACGUGGAAUAACUGGGGUAUCUCCUGGUCCGAAAAGGAAUACAGAGAGCCAGAACGAUUCGAACCAGAGCGAUUCCUAGACAAAGACGUUGAUAAGAUAACUAAGGGCCACCUUGGCUUUGGAGCUGGCAGGCGCUUAUGUGUCGGGUAUAAUGUUGCGGCCAGCAACCUCUUCAUUUCGGUGUCUCGACUUGUGUAUUGCUUUGAUAUCGAGCAGUGUCCAUCUCAUCCUGUGGUAGUUGACAAGCCGCUGGCAUUCGACGCGAAGGAGGAACCCUACAAGGUGACCAUUAAGCCCAGAAGCCAAGCGCAUCAAGACCUGAUUGAGAGGGAAUGCAGGCAGGCUGCUGCAAUCCACACACACGAGAGGUAUUAA